AUGAGUGACCCAAAUCAUGUUACUGAGGUUUCCAAGACGCCAUCUUUCCAAGUCGAUGCUUCCAAAGAUGCAUGGACCGAUCUAGCGGAACCUCAAGACACUAGCAGAAACAUCGGCUUCUGGGAGGCACUGACUCGCCACAACAAACCUGCCGACCUCGACGCCAUCGCCACCGAGCGAAGCGUUUUUGACGAUCCCGACCUCGCACAGUUUUAUCAGCCGCCUCCCGAGUAUGAGAACUUUCAUCGCUUCGACCCAAGCGAGAGAUGGACAUAUCGCGAGGAACAAGCUGUUCGGCGAAAGACGGACCUCAAGAUUUUUGUCUGGAUUCUUGUCAUGUUCUUUGGUCUCAACAUCGAUCGAGGCAAUCUCGGCAAUGCUGCUGCUGAUAAUCUGCUUGAUGAUCUCAACAUCAACACCAACGACUACAACAACGCGCAGAACAUGUACCGUGUUGGCUUUCUUAUUGCAGAAAUUCCAUCUCAGAUGGUCGGCAAGUGGCUUGGCCCGGAUCGCUGGAUCCCUGUUCAAAUCAUCCUCUGGAGUCUUGCUUCUGGCGGACAAUUCUUUAUGCACAACCGCGCCGGCUUUUUCGCCUGUCGAUUCUUUAUUGGACUCUUCAUGGGUGGUUUCAUCCCUGAUUCCAUUCUGUACCUCUCUUACUUUUACAAAAAGACCGAGAUGCCCAUCCGCCUUGCUUUGUUCUGGUUUGUCGACUCUAUGUCUGGAGUCGUUGCCUCAUUUAUGGCCUACGGCAUCUUGCACAUGCGUGGCGUUGCCGGCAGAGCAGGUUGGCGAUGGCUGUUUCUCUUGGAAGCCCUGAUCAGUCUGGUCAUCGGUGUCCUGAGCUUCCUCUUCCUCGUUCCCGGACCUACACAAACCAAGACGUGGUGGAACCCUGCAGGCUACUAUACCGAACGCGAAGAGAAAAUCAUCGUCAAUCGCGUCCUCCGUGACGAUCCAUCCAAGUCCGGAAUGCACAACAGAGAGCCCAUUACAGCUGGCAUGCUUUGGAAGAGUCUCAAGGACUACGAUCUCUGGCCUGUCUACGCCAUUGGCAUUCUCUUCGAGAUUCCUACUUCGCCUCCAAAAACCUACCUCACUCUGUCUCUGAAGGCUCUUGGUUUUAGCACUUUCAAUACGACCCUUCUCACAAUUCCUGCGACAGUCUUUGCGGCUAUCAAUAUGCUCUGGAUCACAUUCCUCACUGAGAAAUUCCACCAGAUCGCUUUGUUUGGUCUGCUUGCUCAACUCUGGGUCCUGCCUCUGCUGAUCGUCGAGUACACCUCGGUACAAAGCCUGUCGCAUUGGGCUCAAUACGCCCUGGCAUUCCUCAUCAUCGGUCAGCCAUCCGUCCACGCAGCUCAAGUCGGCUGGUGCUCUCGACUUUCCAACUCGGUCCGAACGCGAGCAAUCAGCGCUGCUUUGUACAACAUCACGAUCCAAUUGUCCGGAAUUGCAUCUUCCAACAUUUACCGUGAGGACGAUAAACCUCUCUACCACCGCGGAAAUAAGAACUUGGUGGCUAUCACUGUCGGAACAAUCUUCGCGUAUGCCUUUGCUAAGGGAUACUAUACCUACCGCAACAAGUCCAAGAGGAGCAAGUGGAAUAGCCUGUCGACGCAGGAGAAGGCAAACUAUCUCAACAACACGAAUGAUCAGGGCAAUAAGCGCUUGGACUUUUUCUUUGAUAGGUAA